GUGUCGAACACCGACAAGAGCGGGCGCAUCUUACGCAAUUCGCGAGCGUUUCUUAAAGUGCGAGGACCCUAAUCUGCACAAUGGUUCGGAACAACGUUGAAGUACGCCCAUUCGUGCCUCGAGUCUACCAAAGGAAUGUGGAUAUCGAAGGCAGUCUCGUGCGACCCUGCAUAGCGGACAUCGAUCGUCGUCAAGGCGUCGUUCACGCUGUCUCCUCCCUGGUAGAGGAGAAAGAAACCGCCAGGAGCGAUGUGCGAGAGUAUGAACGACUUUGCAAACAAAUUUCACAGCAUCGACUCCGAAGUCAGAUGGAAGCCCGCGCCCAGGAACACGACAGGAUUAUCCGGAGUGCUUUGAACGCAUCCGAUAUGCAAAGGAUCCACGUGCUCGACGGACCGUUCUGCCGACUUCUCAUGCCGAACGAGUCGAUCCGAGGACAUUCGAAACACGCGGUCCACUUGAAGAUGAUGGAGAGCCGCCGACUCCAAGAUGUGCAUGACGCCUGGGAAGCGACCAAGGACGACGAAAGGAGGGCACGCGUGAGGAAACUAUUCCGUCCCUCUGAAGUAACAGCAAUCCCUGAAAUGCCAUAUCAUCGUGCCUACAGGAACCCGUCGAAAUUCGAUUUCUAACACAGCACCGCUGCCACCGCGUCUGUAAAUAAUAAACCUCAUUGUU